UGUCGGAUCCAAACCCGGAAAACCAGAGGCCUAGGCCGCUUGCACUGUCGACCUCGCUGCUUCUUGGCUGCAAUGGCCCUGGUCGCCGGCCGACGGGCCUUUGGGGUGAAGGGGAUCAGCUGGCUCUGGCGCACUCGUUGGUCCCCUUUCUCCGCCGGCUUUUGCAGCCCGGCGUCAGCACUAACAGCGCGGCCGGAGUCGGAGCCACGGCCCACUAGCAUGCGACAGCAGGACGGAAUCAGGAACAUUGUCUUAAGCAAUCCUAAGAAGAGGAAUGCGCUGUCGCUGGCCAUGCUGAAAUCUCUCCGAAGUGACAUUCUUCAUGAAGCCGAGAGCAAAGACCUGAGAGUCAUUAUAAUUGCAGCUGAGGGCCCCGUGUUUUCCUCUGGGCAUGAUUUGAAGGAGCUGACAGGUGCGCGAGGCCGUGAUUAUCACACUGAAGUGUUUCAGACCUGUUCUGAGGUCAUGAUGCUGAUUCGGAAACACCCGGUCCCCAUCAUUGCCAUGGUCAAUGGCUUGGCCACAGCCGCCGGCUGCCAGCUUGUUGCCAGCUGUGACAUUGCUGUGGCAAGUGACAAGUCCUCUUUUGCCACUCCUGGAGUCAAUGUUGGACUUUUCUGCUCCACCCCCGCGGUUGCCCUGGGGAGAGCCGUGCCCAGAAAGGUGGCCCUGGAGAUGCUCUUCACUGGGGAGCCCAUUUCUGCUCAAGAGGCGGUACGCCAUGGCCUCAUCAGCAAAGUGGUGCCCGAGGGGCAGCUGGAGGACGAGACCAUGAGAAUAGCGAAGAAGAUUGUCUCUUCGAGUCGCUCCGUGGUGGCGCUGGGCAAGGCCACCUUUUACAAACAGCUGUCCCAAGACCUUAGAACAGCUUACGACCUCACCUCCCAGGCCAUGGUGGACAACCUGGCCCUGCAGGAUGGGCAGGAAGGAAUUGAGGCCUUUAUCCAGAAGAGAAAGCCCAUCUGGUCACACUGAGUCAGCAUGAGUAAGACUGGGCCAACAGCCAGUGCUAGGAAGUCGCCCAGCCCUCGUCUUCUCUACCCAAUCAUACUCCAGGCUGUAAGAGAGGACAGCCAGCCUUUCUGACUCUGAUAUUGGUUUCCCAGUGUGUGGUCUAUAUUAAAAUUCACGAUUCCAUGGGAUGUGGAUACAGGGGAGUAAAUGGAAUUCUAGGUCAGUGGGCCAGGUUAGUGAGCUGGGAGUGCUGGCUGUGACAGGAAGCCUGCAGCUCCCGGAGUGGCGUGCUACCUGCACACAGGUGACCGUCCAGAGAGGCCUGCCACCCCACUCUUCUGUAGCUCCCUUGAGGCAGAGUCCAUUCUGGUCUCUUCAUGACAAGCUGAGCAUUUCAAAUCUCCAUGAGAUCAUCUCCACACUGAAAAUAUUCUUGAUUCUAUCAGGAAAUAAUCAUGCCUGUGGCUUUGGAAUAAUCAUAUGUGAUCUGAAUAAAUUAAGUAUUUAUA